CAAUCCUCUCUCUCUCUCUUCAUUUUCCCUUCCACGCGCAUCUUAUUCGAAACCUAAAACGAACUUUGCACCACCACCGGGUUCCGCCGCCGAACGCCGCGUUCCCCGUCGUGUCAAUGAAGCGUAACCAUUUCGAAGGCUUGCAUCGCAGUAAGUUCUACUAUGAUACCUGACGAGUAGUUCUCUUUGAUAUACUGCUUUCUUCCACUUUCCGCUUUCAAGCUUCCUAACCGAAUGUGGAGGAUAUCGUCUAAUUUGUUGCGGCACAGCGCCGCACGAAGCGGGCCGGCGGCUCCGAAAUUGAGCAAAUGGCCGAGCAGGCGUUUGGAUGGGGAUAGUAACAGUGGCUACGGCUGUUUCCUCGGGGAGAAACUGUCUGGAUCGCGAUAUUGCAGUGGCUCCGCAGCGGCAGGCGGAGGAUCUGAUGAUAAUGGUAGAGGAGAAGGGAACGGAGAGGUGAUAUCGGUGGCGGAGGCCAGAAGGCUGAUGAGAUUGGUUAAUGUGGAGGCGCUGAAGAGUAAUCUAGGUUUGGAGAACAAGGAGGUGAUUCCCUACUCGAAGCUUCUGGAAGAGUGUCAGGCCAUGGGCGUCGCCAAGUCCCGCCGUGAGGCGGAGGCAUUUUCCCGUGUUCUGGAUGAAGCCGGAGUCGUCUUGCUGUUCCGUGAUAAGGUUUAUCUUCAUCCUGAUAAGGUUGUCGAUCUAGUUAGGAAGGCAAUGCCGAUUGCACUUUUACCGGAAGAUGAUCCCUCUACAGAUGAGCUGAACAAACUGCAGGAAACAAUGGAGCAAAUCGACAAGCUUGCGCACCGACAGGUGCGCUUCAUAUUGUGGACAGGUUUGGGGGCUGGUAUUCUUCUGGUUAGCCUCUUCUUUCGCCUAACGUUUUGGGAAUUCUCUUGGGACGUUAUGGAACCGAUAGCAUUUUUCACCACCACAACUGGGAUAGUCAUAGGGUAUGCCUACUUCCUGUUCACUUCAAGGGACCCAACUUACCAAGAUAUGCUGAAGAGGCUCUUCCUUUCUAGACGAAGGAAGCUCAUCAGGAGGCAGAAUUUCGACAUUCAGAGGUUCGUGGAGCUGCAGAAGAAAUGCAUGUUACCCCAGAAUGGAUCAAACUCUAUUAAUCGCAAGAUGGGCGUAGAUCUCGAGCUGGAGGAAAUGCUACAUGGCCAUUAGAAGGUAUAUAAAUAAUUGGGCCGUGUUUGGCUCGUUAUAAGCGUUUUGGUGAAAAUGUGUCACCUUCAUUUUCACCAAAAUGCAAAAAAAACCUAAUGAGACCACGAUUGCUUCGUACUUUUUAUGUAGCUCUUCCAUUUUCUUGAAAGGGAGUGAACCUUAACCUGCUUUGCUCAAGUUUUUCAUCAUAUUUGUUUACAAUAUAGAAGGUGAAGGAUUUAUUCUGUUGGAAAGAACUCCCGCUGCUCAGAAACAACAUGAUGAUUGUUUUGGCUAAACUGAAUAUCACUCUGUAUUUGGCUAAAAUGUAAGGUCAAAUAAACUUACUUACAGAUU